CUUCUAAAUGCAAUAAUCCUCCAACUUCGUAAGUAAUUUGCCAUGAUAUAUUUAAUUUUUAACUCUUUCUGAAUUAUAAUUUUGUUGUAAGCCAUGAUGUAUAAUGUUUGUGUUAAUAAACUUGUUAAUAUGCGUCUUAAUUUGCCCAAAUAUAUUUAAUUUUUAACUCUUUCUGAAUUAUAAUUUUCUUGUAGGGCUAAGAUAACACACUUGAGAAUUCCGGCCAAUUUGUGUUAUUUUCGAGAUUUAAUUGAUAAGCGAAUAAAAUUAGAUGAAAGACACAUAAAAGCCCUACAGACGACACCUUUUCACAGCUUUCUCAAUAUACCCAGGUCCUUGAGCAAUGCGCAAAUAGCAAUUGAUUGCUUGAUUCAAAAUUUUAAUCCCGAUAAAUGCUCAUUCAUGAUUGGGAAUAAAAAUUGUGUGUUCGGUAUAGAUGAUAUUCACCGAAUUACCGGAUUGCCAAAGGAGGGAAUUCCGAUAAAAAUGAGUGGGGCAGCGGCUAAUACAAUCUACACCUAUUUUGUAAAGAAUUAUAAGAAAGCCGAUGAGGAAAAGAAGGCGGUGAUUUCGGGGAAGCGCGAUAGAAUGGCCGAGAUGAUUGUAGAUAUGAUUAAUGAAGACCCUAUAAUAUGUGUGAAACUUAUUGUGGCUUUCAUUAUCGGCUUCAUAUUAUGCCCGCGGACAUGUAAGACAUGUCCCUUGUGGGCGUUUAGAUAUGCGGAGCAGUUAUCAACUUUGCAUAAAUAUAAUUGGUGCCAUGCGGUGUUCACUCUUCUUUGCAAAGAGAUGAGUAAAUCAAAGAAGUCUCUUAGUAUGCGGGAAUUAGGUCAGCGCUCAAAUGCCGGGUACAUGGGUGGUUUUUCCUCCGUUUUACUGGUUUGGUUUUAUGAAAAAGUAGGGGAAUUAGAGUACACUUCAGAUAUUGAAAGGUUACCGCCGCUCUUUUGUGUGAAGAGUACUGGAAAGUGGAGGAGGACUACUAUGAACAAAUUAUAUAGAGUCCCGAAGUUGGUUACGGAUAAUGGCCAAGAGAAUACUCCUCUUAUUCAUACGGCAUCGCCAAUAGUAUUUGAAUCAAGGAAAGCUGAAUUAAUUUUCUUAAUUGCGGAGAAGACGUACGAGUUGAAUGAGCUCACUACGGAAUUACGAGAAUUAGAAGAGCGUAGUGCUAGAUGCCAAAAAAAACCAAGGAGAAAGAGGAUGACGGAAAUAGAUGUUUCUCAAAAAGAUGAAGGUGGUAAUGAGAAUAACAGAGAAACGCCAUCUAUCAAACGGGCUGUCGGAAAGAGGGAGAGGAAGGAUGGACCCUCUGUUACUUCACCUUAUAUGCCUCUAGAUCAACCAAAGGAAGGCACAAAGAAGAGACGUGUCAUCCAGAUAUUGGAUAGUCCUGAGGGGAAAAAAAGUGCAAAAAUCAAGAAGGCUUCAUACCUACAUCUAGAGACUAUCCAGGUAAGGCACUGGCGUUUGAUUAUGAGAACAAAUUAA